AUGGAUUAUAUCGACACUGUUUUGUCAGCCUCUAAGAAUGCCGUCAUAUAUGGCUACAGAGUGCGCUUCAUACACAGCAUAGCGGUACAGAUGGGAUCAAUGGACAGACGAAGACGACUGAUGGAUCAGAUAGUCGAAAAAGUGAUAAGGUCGAUACGAUUGGGGCUCGACCACGGCAAGCUUUUGGCCCUAUUUGCCUUAAUCUACAGCUCGGUGCAAUUGUCGCUGAACCAGAUAGCACCGAAAAGAACGAUCAACCAUUUUAUUGGGGGAUUUCUCGGGGGCAUAUUGGUCUAUGGGGGCGUUCUGAACAUGCACUUCAAGAAGUUUGUGAACGAAGCAAUAGCAACACAGAUCACGAUGUAUUGUCUGUCGCGAGUUGUUCUGGCACUGGGUAAAUGGCUCUCUGUUAAACUUCACCGUAGGACAAGGCUACGCCGUGCUCAGAUUGAGAAAGUCGGUUGGAGAACAACUAGUGGCCUGGUCUGGGGACUGCUCAUGGUUUUCUACAAUGUGGAUAAAGACCUGUAUCUUCAACGGGCAUUGAGGCAUAGUUUGGAUUUCCAGUUUGGUGGUACUUGGUACAGCUGGCUCGAAGCGUUCAAUUAUGCGCGCUAG